CAUGCUUCCUCAGCUUGCUCACUGCUUGACAGGUAGCAUACCGCUCAAUUCGGAGCUGUCAGCACGAGAAGACCAAUCUUGGGUCUCUGAGAAUGGAACUUUUGCAUUUGGAUUCACCUCCGCAGGUCAUGGUGAUCAGUUGCUAUUAGCUAUAUGGUAUGCCAAGCUUCCAGGUGAUCCAACCAUAGUGUGGUCUCCUAACAGAGAUUUUCCAGUUGGGAGAGAAGCCGUGGCAAAGCUGGACCAGAUCGGAAACCUUGUGCUAGUUGAUGGAAACAAUACAGUGUGGGUAUCCAACACCUCCAGCCUAGAUGUGGAGUAUGGCGUGAUGUCAGACUCCGGGAGCUUCAUUCUAUAUAACGGAAGCAGCAGCAAUCGCCAAGUCGCAUGGCAGAGCUUCUGGCACCCAUCAGACACCCUCCUACCGGGCCAGCCUCUGUUUGUGUCCGUCGAGCUAACAUCGCCCAAAUCUUCUCUUGGUCUUUACUCUCUCAAAAUGCUUCAGCAGCGCACCUCCCUCAGCCUUGCCUUAACCUACAUAUCUCCAGAGCCCUACUUCUCUUCAUUGGGUUCUCAUGCCAACUACUCUUACUGGUCUAGCCCAGAAAUUUCGAAUGCUACAGGCGAUGUCGUGGCAGAACUGGAUGAAUCAGGCAGUUUUGGUAUCAGGUAUGGGACAUCUUCAACUGGUACAAUGUAUGUCCACAAGAAUGAUUCUGCAGGGAACAAACCAAUUCUUCGAAGGAUUGCAAUCGGCACAGAUGGAAAUCUGCGACUCUAUCGAUGGGACAACCAGUGGGUCAUUGAGUGGUCUGCAGUCCCUAAUCCAUGCUUGGUUGCUGGAAUUUGUGGCAGUGGAGUCUGUAACAUAGAUAGCAGCAAGAGCAAUGCUAGUUGUACAUGCCUGCCGGGAACUUCUCCGGUAGGCUCAGGUAUCAAGGGAUGCUUAUCAAGCUCAAUACCAUCACCACAAGGGAACUGCAGUGGGACUCGAAACACGUCGAUCAGGAUGGAGACUAUGCCGCAGACUAACUACUACUUCUCAGGAGCGUCUACAAUUUCAAAUUACAGUAAGGUGUCAAAAGGCUCGGAGUGUGCUGCAUUGUGCCUUGCAGACUGCAAUUGUGUGGCAUCAGUUUAUGGACUUUUGGAGGCAGAGACAUAUUGCUGGACUCUGAGGAGUAUAGUAUUUGGAGGAUUGCAGGAUCCGAGUUCGACACUGCAUGUAAAGCUUGGGACGAACAGCUCUAGGACACAGGAACAGGGACCACCGGGAGAAGGGUCCAGUGGGCCAAAAUCGGAUUCGCCGAGGGGUAGAGUGCUUCUUCCCUUGCUUCUCUGCGUCUCUGUUCUGGUUGUUCUCCUGAGCUUGCUUUUAUGUUACAUCGUCCAAAGGAGAAGAAUGCAACAACAGCAGGGAAUGAUCAGUGGCUCUUUGAGCCUACCAGGAGGUCCAGCACAUUUCAGUUUCCAUGAUCUCCAGACAGCGACGUGCAAUUUUUCUCGAUUGCUCGGAACUGGAGGGUUUGGCAGUGUGUACAAGGGGACCCUCAGAGAUGGAACCUUGGUUGCAGUAAAGAAACUGGACAAGAUGUUGCCUCAUGGAGAAAGGGAGUUUAUUACAGAAGUAACUACUAUUGGUUCCAUGCAUCACAUGAAUUUGGUUAGCCUUAGUGGGUUUUGUUCUGAGCGAACACAUAGGCUUCUGGUAUACGAAUAUAUGAGCAACGGAUCAUUAGACAAAUGGAUAUUUCCUUCAUAUAAUGGGCAAGAGAGAUUACUGGACUGGCAAACUCGCUUCAGCAUAACCAUUGCCAUUGCUCAAGGAAUUGCAUACUUCCACGAACAAUGCCGGAGUAGGAUCAUCCAUUGUGAUAUCAAGCCAGAAAACAUUCUAUUGGACGAGAAAUUCUGUCCCAAGGUAUCGGACUUUGGACUAGCAAAACUCAUGAGCAGAGAACACUCUCAUGUGAUCACUAUGGUUAGAGGUACGAGAGGCUACUUGGCUCCAGAGUGGGUAAGCAACCGGCCUAUCACUGUUAAAGCCGAUGUCUACAGCUAUGGCAUGCUACUUUUGGAGAUUGUCGGAGGUCGGAGGAAUCUCGACAUGUCACUGGAUGAAGAAGAAUUCUUCUACCCUGGUUGGGCUUUCAAGGAAAUGAUGAAUGGGACACCAUUAAAAGCUUCUGAUAAAAGACUGAACGGGAUUCUGGACGAAGAAGAGUUUCUCAGGGCCCUGCAAGUUGGCUUUUGGUGCAUUCAGGAAGACGCAUGGAUGAGGCCUUCAAUGGGAGAAGUGGUUAAAAUGUUGGAAGGAUCAGUUGAGAUCAAUGUGCCACCCAUGCCUCAAACAGUACUAGAGUUGGUUGAGGAAGGGUUGCAUAGCGUCUACAAGGCCAUGAAAGGGGAUUCUUUUAGCCAGCCAACAACUUCUUCGGCGAUCACCUGCCACCGAUCAUCAAAGGCAACCUAUAGUUACUCCACCACGUCACCCAGAUAGGGAUGGCACCAGUGAACUGCACCACCAAUUAAAUAAAAAUUUUAUUUGUCAUAGACAAAGCAUAUUAGCAUUAAAGAUCAUGAGAUUAAACCAACUCGCAGCCUGAUUUCUGAAAGUUGGUAAGAUUAGACAGAGCCUCUUAUGAAAAGCUGGAUCCUUGCCAUACUUCCUGCAAAUACCCUAAAUUCUUCAGAGAUUAAAUUGGAGAUAUGAGUGAUUUUCCAACUUGUAGAAGUCUGGUGAAGCAAAAUAUUAGUGAUUUGAUGAAA